ACGAUUCCUCUCGUCCUCGUGUGGUGCGAGUGCGCAUGAUCAGUAGCUGCAACCCUAGAAAGAUGGCGGAGCAAGAGGAAAGGAAAAAAAUCCCUUUGGUUCCAGAAAAUCUCCUGAAAAAGAGGAAGGCUUACCAAGCCCUCAAAGCCACCCAGGCAAAGCAAGCACUUUUGGCAAAGAAAGAGCAGAGGAAAGGAAAAGGGCCCAGGUUUAAGCGACUGGAAUCAUUUCUGCAUGAUUCCUGGCGGCAGCAACGUGACAGGGUGCGUCUCAGACGACUAGAAGUGAAACCUCAUGCCUUGGAAUUGCCAGAUAAACAUUCCUUGGCCUUUGUUGUACGCAUCCAAAGGAUUAAUGGGGUGAGUUCACUGGUGCAAAAGACCAUUGCAAGACUUCGCCUAAAGAAAAUUUUCAGUGGCGUCUUUGUUAGAGUCACGCCGCAGAGCCUAAAAUUGCUGCGUAUGGUGGAACCUUAUGUGACCUGGGGAUUUCCAAAUCUGAAGUCCGUCCGUGAACUCAUCUUGAAACGUGGACAAGCCAAGGUGAAGAAUAAGACCAUCCCUCUGACAGAUAACACAGUGAUCGAAGAGCACCUGGGGAAGUUUGGUGUCAUUUGCUUGGAAGACCUCAUCCAUGAAAUUGCCUUCCCGGGGAAGCAUUUCCAGGAGAUCUCAUGGUUCUUGCGUCCUUUCCAACUCUCAGUGGCCCGUCAUGCUACCAAGAAUAAAGUGGGCUUCCUCAAGGAGAUGGGCUCACCUGGCUAUCGAGGUGAACGCAUCAAUCAGCUCAUCCGCCAGCUGAACUAGACCCAGAAUAUCUGAAAGCACAGUGCAUUGGGAGCAUGUGUUUUUGGGUUUUGGAAUUAUCAAGUAUCUUCAGAGAAGAUUAUUUUCUGCUCUAUCUUCAAAAACGAAGGGAUGGGUCAGGGAAAAGACAGUCGGUUAUACUCAUGGCAGGAACAUCUCAUCACAGUCCAGUUCCAAGGAAAAAUUCCAGUGUUUUCCACUUUGGCUGCUGCCACCUCUGAAAUCACAUGCCAUGGAGAAAGGAGUCCUGCUUUGUCAGAUCUUCUAUCCUGCGGUUAAAUGUUGGUGAAUGAAUGACUCAAGCAUGUGUAUGAGGAUCCCUAAGACUCCUGCAACAGUGGACCAAGCCCAGGGGCAUACUUGAAUCUGGGUAUUCCCAGGGUUUUGUUUUGAAAAGACUUGAAAUACAAUUAGAAAGGAGAAUGCAAAAACAAGUGCUCGGUUGUUUUUUUGAAUCCAUGUUCCAAGUUUUCAGUGAUGGCUUUGAGAACUCUCAGACUUGACUGGCUCUAAGUGCAUCUGGUGGCUUUUGUAUCCUACUCUGCAACUGGUUUAGUCCCUUUCUCUAGUUCAGGAUUUGAGGAUGAAGGACCACUUUGACCGGUACAUGCAUAUACUCAAAAUUUUGCUUACAAUUUUAGGGUGUUCAUAGACUCUUCUCCCCAGGGACCUUUGCGCUUCAUGUGAGGAAGUCCUGCUUUUCCCAGGAUUGGUCACCCAAGCCUUGAUCUUGCUAGUCUCUGGUUCCAUUGUCUUGCGGAAGACCAAAGCUGACCAAGAUACCUUUUCCCCUCCCUUCACAGUGGCAGACUGUUGCCCCUGCACCUUGAAGUCUGGGAAAUGCCCACCAUUCCUCCCCCUCCCCCUCGGGUUGAGGAUGGAAUUUCAUGGUUUCUGUGAUGAUCUUCUCCUUAAAACCAGGAUUAGGAAGGAAUGAACCAUUUUCUUGGUUUGGCAUGGAUGAGGUUAGCGCUAUUUGGCUUUUUGGGCACUUGGCAGGCAGCUUAAUUGACCUUUAUCUUGCAUAUUCUGAAGUAUUGCCCUUUGUCCUGCUGGUAAUGUAGACACCAGCAAUAGGCUUUCUGAGCAUGUUAACUUUAAAGAAGUCAGUCUGAUACUCCUUGUGUUUUUUCAUCUGUGUCCACUUCUAAGCGGGCCUUCACUUGGUUGCCUCGAUAAUGAGGAUGUGCCAGGCCUAGGUUAAAUUUGGAAAUAGGCGUGACCAUUGUGUUCUGGUCCUUUCAGGUCAGCUUUGCUGCAAUUUUGGCUCAUGGGGCCCUCAAAUAUAGCUGUGAAAUUAAGUUAGAGGUAUAACAGUGCCUGAAAUGUGCCAGGUUAUGAGGUAAUUAAUUAGGUUGGUUGGCUCCAGAGUUAACCUGCCAGCAAUAGAUGUUAUAGAUGUUACUCUUAUGUUUUAAAGCAUUGUGAAAUCAGAUUACUUUAAAAUGAUGUAUCACAGAGUCAUGAGAAAAAAGGUGUUGUGAGAAUGGAAACUCAGGGCUUAAAUCCCAGCUGUCUUAUAUAAAUAUGGGAACAGUAUUUCCAUUCUUGCCUGUGAAAUGGAGCUAAUACCCUCUAGCGUGUGUGCCUCAUGUGGUGGUUAAAAGGUUUGAGCAAAAUAAUAGUUUGUAAUUUAUAAUUCUGUAUAAAUAAAAGGUUAUCA